AAUAUGAAACAUAUAUUCAACGAACAAUUAUUCAAAGAGAUAAUAAAAGUAUAAUUGUUCAUGAAAUUUCACAUGAACUAGAAGUUUUAGAUAUUCAUAAAGUCCUUACACCAGUUAUAACACGAGUUAAUAAAAAUAAUCCCAAUGCAAAUAAACUUGCAGGAUAUUAUGCAUAUCAGCCUUCAAAAAAAGAUAAAACAAUAUGGUAUUUUUAUGUGAAAGAUGAAACCUUUAAAUCAUUAAAGGAUAGUGGACAAGAUUAUAUUUGUUUUAAAACAUGCUUCAGUAAAUAUAAUUUGUUAGGCAAUCAUUCUUCGCUGUG